GGUUUCCCCCUCCCCUCACGGCGGAAGCCGACCUCGCCCGCCCCGGAAGUGCAAAGUGUGUGGUCUGGCAGGUGUGGAUUACGCCGGUGAAGGCUGAAGGCAGCUUACCUUAGAGAUGCCGGGGUCCGCAGCAAAGGGCUCGGAGUUGUCAGAGAGGAUCGAGAGCUUCGUGGAGACCCUGAAGCGGGGUGGUGGGCCGCGCAGCUCCGAGGAAAUGGCUCGGGAGACCCUGGGGCUGCUACGCCAGAUCAUUACGGACCACCGCUGGAGCAACGCGGGGGAGCUGAUGGAGCUGAUCCGCAGAGAGGGCAGGAGGAUGACGGCCGCUCAGCCCUCCGAGACCACCGUGGGCAACAUGGUGCGGAGAGUGCUCAAGAUUAUCCGGGAGGAGUAUGGCAGACUCCAUGGACGCAGCGACGAGAGUGAUCAGCAGGAGUCCCUGCACAAACUGUUGACAUCCGGAGGCCUGAACGAGGAUUUCAGCUUCCAUUAUGCCCAACUCCAGUCCAACAUCAUUGAGGCGAUAAAUGAGCUGCUAGUGGAGCUGGAAGGGACAACGGAGAACAUUGCAGCCCAGGCUCUGGAGCACAUUCACAGCAAUGAGGUGAUCAUGACCAUUGGCUUCUCCCGAACAGUAGAGGCCUUCCUCAAAGAGGCUGCCCGGAAGAGGAAAUUCCAUGUCAUUGUAGCAGAGUGUGCUCCUUUCUGCCAGGGUCAUGAAAUGGCUGUGAAUUUGUCCAAAGCAGGUAUUGAGACAACUGUCAUGACUGAUGCUGCCAUUUUUGCCGUAAUGUCAAGAGUCAACAAGGUAAUCAUUGGCACGAAGACCAUCCUGGCCAAUGGUGCCCUGAGAGCUGUGACAGGAACUCACACUCUGGCACUGGCAGCAAAACACCAUUCCACCCCACUCAUCGUCUGUGCACCUAUGUUCAAACUUUCCCCACAGUUCCCCAAUGAAGAAGACUCAUUUCAUAAGUUUGUGGCUCCUGAAGAAGUCCUGCCAUUCACAGAAGGGGACAUUCUGGAGAAGGUCAGCGUGCAUUGCCCUGUGUUUGACUACGUCCCACCAGAGCUCAUUACCCUCUUUAUCUCCAACAUUGGUGGGAAUGCACCUUCCUACAUCUACCGCCUGAUGAGUGAACUCUACCAUCCUGAUGAUCAUGUUUUAUGACCGACCACACUUGUCCUAAGCAGAGAUUGUUUAGGCAGAUACAGAAUGAAGAGGAGACUUGAGUGCUGCUGCUGAAACAUAUCCUUGCAAUGUGGGACUGCACAGGAGUACACCUAAAAAAAAUCCUUGAUACUGUUGCCUGCCUUUUUAGUCACCCUGUAUCAAGGGCACACAUCCAGGACUGUGUCUUGCCUUUCAGAUCUGAACAGAGCAGUGGGGCUUAACCUGUUGAUUUUGGAGCCUCUUAGUGACCUGGUUGCGUCUGUGUCAGGAACUUAAACUUUCUGGUUCAGUAGUGUGUUAAACAUAACACUGAAUACCUUGCUGGGAUACAGAUUUUUGCUCAGAAAUGGCUACAACACUUCUUCUAGGCUCUGCCAAUAAAAGCCACUUGAAGGUUC